CACCCACACUCUCAACCUCCAUUACCCACACUUCCUGCAUUUUCUCUCUCUAAAAACACACACUUCUCUCUCCUAGGGUUUCUUUGUUUCUCUCUCUAGAAAUGGCGCAAGAGGUAGCCAAGAACGGCGACGCACUCAACGGAGCUGCCACGAAGACAGCGACAUUCUCGGCGAUGAAGCCGCAGCUGUUCGUGGAGGCGUCGAAAGCAAACGACGCCGUUGAGUUCUACAAGGCCGCGUUUGGAGCUGAAGAGAUCAGCCGCGUCACUCAUCCGAAGCGUAAGGCUGACCAGGAGCUCCCUCUCGUCAUCUCCGCUCAACUUAAGCUCGGCGACUCCGUUUUCAUCGUCUCCGACGAUUCUGCCGCUCCAUUGAAGAGCGUUACUGGAAGCGUUUUCUGUUUGGAGAGUGAGGAGAUCGACGUCGCGGUCGAGAAGGCGGUGAAGGCCGGCGGCGUAAGCGUCGGAGAACAGACUGAAGGCGACGGCGCGUGCUGCGGAGGGCGCGUGGGGACAGUUAAGGAUCCGUACGGCAAUAUCUGGAUGAUCUGCUCUCCUGCUGCAAAGAAGGCUGGUGCUGACGUGGAAGCAUAGGAGCCGUCGGAUUUUUACUGUUUAAUUUAACUGUAGUAGUGAAGUUGAAAUAUGAACGAGUCUACUGUCUAGUGGGGUAGUAAAUGAUUUUAACCUGAUGGGUUUAAAAUGGCUCUGUAAACUGACCGGAACAAGUUGCUUUUGCUAUAUAUUUUAAUCUUUUAUCGUCA